GGAACCCAAGAGCAGGACACUUAGCUGUCAGCGCCUUCACCCUCUGCAGCAAUGACAACACAUCUCACCGUCUUCUCUCUCAUGUGUGUUUUGGGUGUGUGUUUUGGAGAAACUCUUAUAGCUGUCUCAGCCCAGCUUGGAGACACUGUGACAAUCAACUGCCCAUACCAAAAAUAUUCUGACCUCUGGAGAAAAAAAAUAUGGUGCAAACAGGAUGAUAAUGGAGAAUGUCAUCCUGUAGCAAGUACAUGGCUACCAUUUUUAAGACGUGGAAAUAACAACACUAACAUCUCAGAUAAUAUCCAGACUAGCACUGUCACAGUAAACAUGACCCUUCUGCAAAGCAAAGAUGCAGGCAUCUAUCAAUGUCAGUCAGUCACUAAAGGGAAAGUUAGAAUAUUACAGAAAAUUAUUGUGAAUAUCCUUGAAGAUACCAGGUUAAUGGAUAUUUUAGAAAUGGACAAAGUACAUUACAGCAUCUCUAGGUUUCCUCUAGAAUUACAGAAUCAUCUGAUCUUGAUCAUUUUGGGGAUAAGUCUCUUAUUAUCCAAGCUGUUGCUGAUCAUACUAAUUUCCAAACAGUGGAUGAAUAAACUUAAAAGGAGGGAGAAACCUGAGCCACUGUAUACCUCUGAAGAAUUAGUUGCUGAUCAAAUUAGGAAUAUGAAUGUCCACUGUGAUGGAUACUCUGCACAUUCAGAUGAGAGACAUGCUGCACCACUCUACAUGAACUAUAUGAACUAGA